GAGAAAUGAUUGAGGCAAGCAGAUCUCAAGCAAAAUGAUAUUAAUACUGUUGUUCCUUGCCAACGAAAUCUCUUAUAGAGAUGGCUCCGCUAACGACGGCGGCUUUAGCGCUGUGCAUCUUUGCAGCCUGCGCUGCCCACAGUCUUCCCGCACAAAACGAAAACGAAGAAUUCCUCAAAACCGCGGAAACAGUAAACGUAGGCUACUCAGCGGCCAACUCACUCGCAUAUUCCCAAAAUCAACAAAGCAACUUCAAACCAAACAGCUUAGAAACUGCAAAUGCCCCUUUCUGGUGGAUGGGUGAAAAUUCACCUUUCAGAAGAGCCAGUGCCAGCAAUGGUAAUGCGCCAACGUUCGUAACGAAGCAAAAACCUCAGUUGGAUCUGUCAAAUAAUCCGUUCUUGAAUGGAAAAUCGAAAUAUGAAGGUGGUGCUAAACCUGUUCAAGUAGUUAGCAGCCAGAAUACUGGAUUUAACCAACAAUGCGAAGUUUGCGUCAGUAAACAUUUGUGCCAGAAUGGAUUUGUUCGGGCUAAUGUACAAGGAUUGACUAACCCUAGAAAUCAGGUUCCGUUCUGUGAUUCACCUUCUCAAGUGUGUUGCGCUGUUGAACGCGAAUCCGCUCCAAUUGUUAAUGGGGCUGCGGUUACAGUCACAUACGACCAAGCCAGCCAAUGUGGACCACCGAAUACUAUGUGUGUGCCCUUCCCCGUUUGCAACUCAAAAGGUCUCGUUGAUCCUAGCGCUGGAAUUCCAAACAGAAAAGAGUUUAGAUACUGCUUAGGCCAUGAAGUGUGUUGUAUGAUCCCAGAAAACUAUGACGUGCCACUAAACUCUGCUUUCACUACUCAAUAUCCUGCCAUAGACAUCAGAUUUGGAGCUGAAGAUCAAUAUACUGCUGCUGGAACCCAAAACGUUGAAUCACAUGCUAAGUUUGAACAAGGUUCUUCCAAAAAUAAAUUCGGAGCCAAGCCUCCUCGUCAAGCACCUUCUUACACCUCUCAAGAUGAUGCUGAUGGCUAUCAAUAUACCAAACCCACACAAGGUUAUUUGCCAGCCGCUUCCAGCGUUGACGAGGCUACGAAGAAACCAUUCAAAGCUGAUGCCUACAUCCCACCUGUCGAUGAUGAAAGACAUUUCUCAGGCUCCAAAAUCUCCGCUGGCUCCAUCCUACCACCCAAGCGUCCAGUACCAGAAGAAGACAAACAAGCAGGCGGAACCAACAACUCACCAACUGUAAUCAGGCCACAACAACAAAAUGAAGUGGCGCCAGUUCCUCUUCCUCAACACGGUUGUGCAGCAGCUUUGAAAUGCGUCAACAUCGAUUUCUGCACAUUCGAAGGUGUAAUUUCAAAAUCUACUGUCACUCUUACUCCCAGGCAAAAUGAAUAUAGAGUACCACUAACGGAUUGUCUUCUCCCAGAAUCCACAAAGGAAUCUCCUCAAAUUGGAAAAUGUUGCCGUGACCCCGACUACGUUGACCCAUGGCCAGCAAGUCAACUUGGUCAAUACAACCCAGAUCUUGGAGGAUUUGACAAUGGACAAUACAAAGGUGAAAGAUACCAAAGCAAGCACAGGCAACAACCUCAAGUCAACAAUAAUCAACAGCAGGGUCAGUCAUUGUCUGGCAGCAGUUCUCAAGUUCAGCAAUCUCAACGAACUGAACAACCUCAUCGACCACUGCAACCACAGCAACCCCAACAACCUCAGCGACCACUGCAGCCCCAACAGCCUCAGCGACCACUGCAACCUCAGCAACCUCAACAGCCUCAUCAGCCUCAGCAACCACAACAACCACAACAACCACAUCAACAUCCACUUAGUCCUCAACCAUCUAGUCAGAGACCUCAGAGCACUGUCUAUCAACAUCAACAGCAACAACAAAAUACUCAGUUCCAACACACAACGCAAUUCCAACAGAACACUUAUCAAUCAUCACCCAGACCCCAGCAACCACAGUUCCAACAGCCAUCUUUCAAGCCCCAGGGCCAAAUUCAUCAAACCGGUUCUGGUUCUUUGAGCUCAAACUAUCAUCAAACAAAUGUUCAACAAACUCAGUUCCAACAAAAUAACUUCCAGUCAUCACCUAGGCCCCAAGUACCACAAUUCCAUCAAAAUACUUUCCCAACUACAUCAGUACCACAAUUUCAACAGAACACUUUCCAGACAACAUUGAAACCGCAUGUGCCACAAUUCCAACAGAACACUUACCACAGCACUCAACAAACUCACUUCCAACAAUCUACUCAGGUACCACAAUUCCAACAGAACACAUUCCAAACCACACCUAGACCUCAUUUUAACCAACCAUCUCAAAGACCACAAACACCACAAUUCCAACAAAAUACUUUCCAGACGACAUCACGUCCUCAAUUCCACCAAUCAUCUAAAACACCACAGACCCCGUCAUUCCCUCAAGAUACAUAUCAGUCAUCACCUAGACCACAAUUCCCGACUACUGCCAGACCACAGUAUACGCAAUUCCAACAAUCAACCACCGGCCAAUAUCAAUCAACAUACAAACAAGAAUUCCAGACUACCCAAAGACAAGACUUUAACCAGUUCCAAACUAGUCAAAGGCAAGAUUUCAACCAAUACCAGUCUACGCAAAAGACAAACUUCCAACAAAAUGUUUUUGAAUCUAAAUUCCCAACUACGCCAAGGCCACAAUUACCACAUUUCCAACCAGACGUUUCAUACACAGGAAACUCUGGACAAAAUGAACCACCAAAGAGCAGUUAUGACGUACCAGAAUAUUCGGCUACCGGCAGCAGGAACUGCGGUUUCAGAAACACGAACGCCUCUCCAAUCGGUCCGGGCCCAAUAGAUGGUUCUUUCGGUGAGUUCCCUUGGCAGGCGAUGGUCCUCUUACAGACGAACAAAUCUCUUCUUUGCGGAGGUGCUAUCGUUGAGCAAGAUGCUGUUGUAACUGCCGCUCAUUGUGUCAAUGGAUUGAACCCCAACGAUGUCCUGAUCAAGGGAGGUGAAUGGAAAUUGGGAGUUGAUGAUGAACCAAAAACAUUCCAAAUUGUGAAAGUAAAAUCAAUUUCUUUCCAUCCUGCCUACCAACCAACUGAUUUGUUGUACGAUGUCGCUAUUUUGCAUCUUGAGGAAAAAUUGAGAUUCGACACCCACAUUGGUUCCAUUUGCGUGCCAGAAACUGACCAAGAACCCGAACAAAUCGUUCAAGAAAGCAAAAAGUGCGUGGCUACUGGAUGGGGUAAAGAAACUCUACAAGUUCACCUGAAGGACAGCAUCAUUCACAAACUGGACAUCGAUCUGUUGCCGAGCAAUCAAUGCGAAAAUAGGAAAUCGUACUACUUUGGCGCGAGCUUCGACCGCGAAUCCGGUUUCUGCGCUCGGCCCACCGACAGGGAGGAGAACAUCUGCGAAGUCGACUACGGAAGCGCUUUGGCCUGCGAGAAAGACGACGGAAAAUACUAUCUGCAAGCCGUUUACUCAUGGGAUAGCGGUUGCCAAGCCAGCGAGCAAGUAACAUCAUUCAGUAAGAUCGACUCUGCCUGGUUGAGGAAAACUUUAAAAAAUCCACAAGAAAAGAAGCGAUACCCCACACCAAAGCCACAGAAACCUCAAUCCCAAUCAACUCAACCCGCCUUCGAACAAACCCAGAAACCUUAUCAACCAACACAACAAACAUUCCAGCCCCAAAAGCAAUACCAGCCAACUCAAGCCACAUUCCAGGAGACGCAGAGACCUUAUCAACCAACAUUCCAAGAUACACAGAAACCAUAUCAACCGACACAGACUACCUUCCAAGAAACACAUAAACCAUACCAGCCCACCCAUGGAACAUUCCAAGAUACACAAAAGCCAUAUAAACCAACUCAGGCUACAUACCAAGAAACUCCCAAACCAUACCAACCAACUCAGGCUACAUACCAAGAAACUCCUAAACCUUACCAACCAACCCAAGCAACAUAUCAAGAAACACCAAGGCCUUAUCAGCCAACUCAGGAUAGGUUCCUUGAAACACAAAGACCAUAUCAGCCAACUCAGGGAACACAAAAACCUUAUCAGCCAACUCAGGCAACUUUCCAACAAUCGCCAACGCCAUUCGAGUCUUCUCGAGUUACAUCAAGGCCACAGUCACCAUUUGAAGUGUCAUCAAAACCGCAAUUGAACUUCGAAUUACCAAAAUUCGAAGCACCUCAACCACAAGCAACAAGUGAUAAUUUCUUGAGGCCGCAGGAACAUGAAAAUCCAUUCAAAGGAUCGGCAACACAGGGUCCAAUGUACUUACCACCUUUACCAUAAAAGGAUGGAUUUACAAGUAACUAAUUUUACUUCAUAUUAGAAUAGAUAGCACGGCGUGCGUAAAUUAUUCAAAGUAGUUUUAUGUUUACCGCGAAUAUACUCAUUUUAUUUUGAAAGUUACUUAAAAUUCGUGAAGCUCAUAUUAAAUUCACUUAUUUUGAACGAUUUUCGAAGAUUAAAGAAUUUAAUGUAGAAUACGUACUCAUAAUCUGUAGCCUUAUAUAUUAUUAAUAAGCUGUUAUGUUAUAAGAGAUCAUAGUUUUAUAUUUAUCAUUCUAAUGGAGUGUGAUCUUGUUUGAAUAAUUG